UCUAAACACACGGUGCACACUAACGAGGGAACACACACUCACUCAUUCUCUCAACUCACACUGCAGUUCCAGAGAACAGCGCGCGUUCAAAACUUCCAACACGACUGACUGCAGAUGGAAGAGACCACACAGACGGACCACGAGACGAAACAGCCGUGAAAGAGAUAAGAGACCUCUGCUGUCCUGCCAGUGCCAUCGGCUACAAUGAGUGCCAAAUCGGCCCUCAACAAGGCGGUGUUCCUUCCCAACGACGAGCGGAUGCUGGCCGCCGUGCAGGUCAAGAGGAGGACCAAGAAGAAGAUCCCGUUUCUGGCUACAGGAGGUCAGGGGGAAUACACCACCUUCAUCUGCUUAUCAGUCACCAAUAAGAAGCCAGCACAGGUGUUCCUGACGAAGGUGAAGCAGUUCGAGGGCUCAUCCUCGUUCAUCAGGAGAUCUCAGUGGAACAUCAGUCAACUCCGACAGGUCAACGGUGUGGACGCCAUCAAAGACUGCCCAGAGUUUGACCUGGUGUUUGACAGCGGGUCUGACCAGUGGACGGCGGGUUCAGCAGGAGAGAAGUGUGUGUUUGUGCAGAUCCUCCAUCACACGUGCCAGCGCUUCAUUCCUGAGAGAAAAGUAGAGUUCGUCAACUGCCCCCCUAAACUACUGGGAGGUAAUAGCAGUCUCCUCCACGGUGCGGCUGACAGUGUGAGCAGUGCGGUACAGAAGGCCAGUCAGGCUCUGAAUGAGCGUGGAGAGAGACUGGGCCGCGCGGAAGAGAAGACCAGCGACAUGAUGAACAGCGCACAGCACUUCGCUGACACCGCACACAAGCUGGCCAUGAAGCACAAGUGUUGAGCCUUUGCUGUAUUUUUCGGAGAAUCUGCUUCAUCAGCCCUGCUAUCACAGACUGUGACGGGACGCACAUGAAGCAUCACAUCAAGAAUCGAGGACAUUGUGUAUCAUCAUGGCAGUAAUCUUGAAAAAAAUCAUGUCUUUUUUUUAACCACAGAAUUGUUGAUCAUUGCAAACUUAAAGCCCUAUACAUGCGACCGAUCAUUAUUAUAAUAUUACAAGCAGAGUUGGGAACAAGUCGCAUAUUUCAAUCUAAAAUCACUUACAACAGGGGUGUCCAAACUCCUGGAGGGCCGGUGUCCUGCAUAGUUUAGCUCUAACUUUCUUCAGCACACCUGCCUGGACGUUUCUAGUAAAUUAGAAAGAGCUUGAUUUGCUGGUUAAGGUUGGAACUAAAAUACGAAGGACACCGACCCUCCAGGACCAAGUUUGGACACCCCUGACGUAAAAGAAGCUAAAUGUGUUACUUAGUUGUAGGUAUUACCAGUGUGUGGUUUUACCAUUCAUUAUCUAUUAGGGUUGUUGGGAUACUGUAAUUCGGUACCAGUUGAUAAUGAUAUUUUAAAAACGUCCAUUUCCUGCUAACAUUUGAGCUUGUUCUUUUUAAACAGCGCUGAUUUGCUGUUGUGUUCACUGUUAAAUGACUGUGAUUGGCCUUUAAGGUCAUCGUUCACCACUGUUUACUGAGUGUAAACACGGAUACAGGGACAGUGGAGCGUUUCAAUGUCACAUCGAUCAGCUGGUUUGUCUAUAAGCUGACAUACAAGAGAUACGCUAAGGAAUCGCAGCUUUAGAACGCUCCAGUGUCCCUGUAUCUGUGUUUACACUCAGUAAACAGAGGUGAGUUCGGUGAACUGAUGACCUUCACAGCCAAUCCCAGUCAUUUCUGUUGAGCACAAUGGCAAAUCAGCACUGAUUAAGAACACGCUCUACAAUGCUCAAAUGUUAGCUGGAAAUGAACGAUUUAAAAAAAUUUCAGUGCCGAUUGGCACGAAUUUCAGUAUCAACAACUUUAGUAUCUGUUACUUUUUAAUGAACGUAUUGUGAAUCUGUGUGUGUUUUUAAGAGUGUAAUUGGCUUAAAAUUGUAAUAUUUGACUUUUCACCCAACACUGAUGACAAGAUUCCUUAAAUUCCUGCUAAUGUUGGACAUUCCUUCUAGAUUGUUUUAACCUAUGAAGUGUUUGUGCCAUUGUGAAAAGAAACUUUAGCGUGUAAGAGUUUAAACUGAUACUUUUUUGGUAAAAAUCUUUCCGAGGGUUUUGUAAAAGCAUCUAAACUUUUUUUUUUUAACAUUGUAUUGUUUCAUUAUCACUUGAGUCCAUACUUGUUUUAUUUGUUUGUUUUUUAUCACUAAAAUAAAGUGUGGGCCCACGU